AUGCGCAAAUCGAAAUCGUGGUCCGCUCCUGCAAAUGUUAUCCGGCAAACGCAUCAAAUUGAAGUACUUCAUGAUUGUCGUGAUGAUGCAUUCGUAUGCGGAAAAAAUGCUGAAUGCGGUAGCGAUAACGGUAGUGGUGAUGGCGGAAAUGGUAAUAAUAGUAGUGGUUGUUAUAGUAAUAGUACUAAUGCGACAAUUAGAUCUGAUCAGCCCACUUCACUCCUUAAUUUUGCUAUUUCUGAAUUAGUGAAUACGGAACGAAGUUAUGUUCGUGAAUUACAAUCGAUUGUUGAUUUCUAUAUUAAGCCAUUUGAAGCAUCUGAAAAUGAACAUUUAAUAGAAGCACAUUUAAGGGAUCGUUCUGAUAUUUUAUUUGGUAAUAUUCCUGACUUGGAAGUACAUCGUCAUUGCACUGAUCAGGUUAAGCCUCAUGUUGACGAAGCUUUAUCCUCAAUGUUAGAUCUGUUGGCUCAACUUAAUACAGCCAUGCAUCAACUCCAUAUUGCCGGAUUUGUGGGUGAUCUUAAUCAAAUAGGUCCAUUAAGACUUCAAAAUGAAUGUGACAUUUAUACAUUCAAAAAAAGGACACGUCGUCUCAAUAAAGCUCAACGUCGACAUCUGUUCCUCUUUGAUGGUGGCUUAUUAUUCUGUAAAAAACGUCCCCAAUCAUUACCGUAUGCUUCGGAAUAUUAUGAGCAUAAAUUAUCCAUACCAACAUGUAGUCUUGGCUUCUCAGAAACAUCAAAAACAUCAUCUGCACGUUUUGAAGUUUGGGAUGAAACGAAAAGUGAAGCAUUUGUUGUGCAGCC